UCUGAUUGUGGGAGAGAGGAUCAUUGCCAAUUGUCCCUUCAUCGUGAAACUCAUGGCAUGAAAGAGAUCGUUUCGUUUUCAUAACAAAUAAAAUGAAUGAACAUUUCAGCUCUAAUUUUGAAUAAUUUUGAUGAACUGAGUUUCUCUUCCAAUCUAUUCUCCUUUAUUCAAAUCCUUUGAUUCCAUUGCUUCAUUUCAACACACCCUUUUGAUUGCCUACCCUUCUGUUGCAACUCUUGUGAUCUCUUUUAUUUUCUAUGGACCCAAAAGAAUUAUGCUCCACAGAUUUAAUUGAUGGUACUGUUGGUGCACACAUCAAGAGGCCAUGCAAUUCUCUUCCAACAGUUAUUGUCAUUGGUGCUGGAAUAUCAGGAAUUGCUGCUGCACGAAGUCUCUAUGAUGCAUCUUUUAAGGUAAUUGUUCUGGAGUCAAGGGAUAGGGUAGGUGGCAGGAUAUAUACUGAUUACUCAUUUGGCUGUCCUGUAGAUAUGGGAGCCUCAUGGCUACAUGGUGUUUGCAAUGAGAAUCCCUUGGCACCAAUGAUACGUGGUUUAGGGCUAACAUUAUACCGUACCAGUAGUGAUAACUCUGUCUUAUAUGAUCAUGACUUGGAAAGCUGUAUGCUAUUUAACAUGGAUGGUCAUCAAGUCUCUCAACAAAUGGUAAUGGAAGUUGGAGACACUUUCAAGAGAAUUCUAGCAGAGACAGUGAAAGUGAGGGAAGAGCAUCCUGAUGACAUGUCUAUUCUCCAAGCAAUUUCAAUUGUGUUAAAUAGACAUCCGGAACUAAGGCAACAAGGGCUAGCUCAUGAAGUGCUGCAAUGGUAUAUAUGCAGAAUGGAAGCUUGGUUUGCUACUGAUGCAGAUAUGAUAUCACUGAAAACCUGGGAUCAGGAGCAUGUCCUCACUGGUGGCCAUGGACUCGUGGUGCAAGGAUAUGAUCCUGUUGUAAAAGCUCUUGCAACUGAUCUCGAUAUACGCUUAAACCACAGGGUGACCAAAAUAUCCAAUGGUUACAACAUGGUGAUGGUCACAGUUGAGGGUGGCAGAAACUUUGUUGCUGAUGCUGUUAUUCUAACUGUUCCUAUUGGAAUCCUUAAGGCCAAUUCAAUUGAAUUUACACCAAAAUUGCCUGAAUGGAAGGCUGCAGCAAUUAAAGAUAUUGGUGUGGGAAAUGAAAACAAAAUUGCCUUGAGAUUUGAUAGAGUAUUUUGGCCUAAUGUAGAAGUUCUGGGCAUGGUGUCACCCACCUCGUAUGCCUGUGGUUAUUUUCUCAAUCUCCACAAAGCAACAGGUCAUCCAAUUCUUGUGUAUAUGGCUGCUGGAAGGUUUGCUCAUGACCUUGAAAAGCUAUCUGAUGAAUCAGCUGCAGAUUUUGUAAUGCAAAAGCUCAAGAACAUGUUUCCUCAUGCAUCUAAGCCUGUUCAAUAUCUUGUGUCACAUUGGGGAAGAGAUCCAAACUCUCUUGGCUGUUAUGCAUGUGAUUUAGUAGGGAAGCCAGACGAUGUGUAUGAGAGGCUUCGUGCACCAUUGGGUAAUCUAUUCUUUGGUGGAGAAGCUGUGAGCAUGGAUGACCACCAGGGAUCUGUGCAUGGAGCUUACUCUGCUGGGGUCAUGGCUGCUGAAAAUUGUCAGAGACAUCUUCUGCAGAAACAAGGCCACAGAGAAAAUCUCCCUCUGGUUUCUUCUGUUAGGCAUGAAAUGUUUGAAACUACUAUACCUCUUCAAAUCUCUAGAAUGUGAUUUGUGUACCUUCCUGUUCUUGAAAAUAAGAACAAUGUUCAGCAGAAUGAAUUGCUGAUUAGAGUAAUUGCACAUUGUAGUUCAACUUAAACAAUGGCAAAAUAUUAUCAAAGCUAACUUUUAUUCAUAGAGAAAUUCA